GGAGGGCGCCGGGGCGCGCGGCGGGGCUCGGCAUGAGGAGUUUAUGGAGAUUUGGAUACUCUGCCAGACUACUGAAAACUAAUAAUUUUAGGACAGCUGCAUCAAAUCCAUCAUUUCCAGCAGUUUGGAUGCAAUAUUCUGGCAGAAUACCUGGUCUCUUUAUGGGAGUAAAAAAAACCAGUUUUUUUACCAUGCCUGAAACCGUGGAGGAUAAAACUCAUCUAGAACUCUACUCACCACAUCCCGAAGUGCGUGGGAUGACACAGCUCAACAGAGAAGCUUUCAAGAGGACAGUUGUUGUUCCAGCCCUCAAAGUCAAGAAAGAACUUGUGAAUACUUUGCUAAAGUCCCUAAAACACACAGUGCUGCAGCGUCCUGGCCUCAAGAGAGUGGUUGAGGAUCCAGAGAAUGAGGACAGUAGGUUUCUUCUUUUGGACCCUCAUAAACUACCAGAAUUCUCACUGGGAGAACCAGAGCAAGAGGUAUUAAAACAGCUUGGGGUUUGCCCCCAGGUGUCCAAGUAUAACCUCGAGCUGACUUAUGAGAACUUCAAGUCGGAGGAGAUCCUAGGAGCAGUCCUUCCUGAAGGUCAGGAUGUCACCUCUGGAUUCAGCCGUGUUGGUCACAUAGCUCACUUGAAUCUUAGAGAUCAUCAGCUGCCAUACAGGCAUUUGAUUGGCCAGGUUAUAAUUGACAAGAAUCCAGGAGUCACCUGUGUAGUGAAUAAAACCAACAUCAUUGACAGCACGUACAGAAACUUCCAAAUGGAAGUGCUUGCUGGGGAGAGCAACCUGGUAACCAAGGUCAAAGAAAAUAAUACUGUAUAUGAACUGGACUUCUCUAAAGUCUACUGGAACCCACGUCUUUCCACAGAACACAGCCGUAUCGUUGAGCUUUUGAAGCCUGGUGAUGUUCUUUUUGAUGUCUUUGCUGGGAUUGGGCCUUUUGCUAUCCCAGCAGCAAAGAAGAAAUGCCAAGUGUUUGCAAAUGACCUCAAUCCUGAGUCCUACAGCUGGCUCCUGCACAACUGCAAACUGAACAAAGUAGCCAACAAAAUAAAAGCCUUCAAUAUGGAUGGCAGGGACUUCCUCCUGGGGCCUGUAAGAGAAGAACUGAGUAAAGAGCUUUGGAAAGAAGAACAGAAAACCUCUUUUCACAUAGUCAUGAAUUUGCCAGCUUUGGCUGUUGAAUUUCUGGAUGUUUUCAGGCAUCUUUUAGUUGGGGAGCCCUGCAGCACUGCUGGCCUUCCCACGGUGCACUGCUAUGGUUUCUCCAAACACAAGGACCCAGCCAAAGAUAUUCAGGAGCGAGCUGAGGCUUCUCUGGGAACCUCCUUGGAUGGACACUGUUCCACCUACCUGGUCAGAAACGUUGCCCCAAACAAGGAGAUGCUGUGCAUCAGUUUCCAGAUCCCAGCAGACGUGCUGUACAAGAGGCCCUGCCCUGAUGAAGCAAAACCAGCCUCUAAACGUCUGUGCACCAGCAAAGAUUUUUCAGAAGAAAGGUUACCAAGGUGAAGACUGGAGUUACCUUAUUAAUUAUAAUCCAUACCCAGGGACACCUCUGAUUUACCCUUUGAAUUAUUUGAAGCACAUACACACAUGACCCUGCAGAGAUGUGCAGUGCUCCUGUGCAUCUUGCUUCCUGCCUUUACCUUUUCUUUUAAUUGUGGCACCAAUAAGCAGACUACAAAAAAAAAAAAUUAACCAGUUUGGGUUUUUUUUAAUCAUAGUAUUUUGGUAUUUUUCUGCUCUCUGUUGCCCCAUGGUAAUCAGUGACACAGACUGUGUUAGUUUUAUGCUGUGCUGUUUUGAUAAUGGGCGGUUUGUGGCUAAAGCUGAUUGUUAUGUUUUGUGGGGUCAGUCAAAACUUGUAUAACCCUUGUGCUGGAUUCACUCUGACAGAUGGUUCCUGUGUUUAAGAAUAUUGGGUUACUCUUAGCAGAUGCACAAAGCUCUUGUGUAGGCAAGAUAACCUUUCAAAAAUUUAAUCCAAGGUACAGAAAGGUCCAUGUAGCCAUUUUGUAUACUUCUUCCUGGGCUUUUGAGUAAAAAAGGGUUUUUUUUAACACUGAGGUUUCAUUAAGGAUUAGUCAACUCCUAACUUAGUGAUUGCCCAUUGAUACAGCAGGGAAAACUCCAGUGCCAUUUGCAAAGUUGCAGAUGAAGGACACACUCCUGUUGAAGCACUGGGCUGAAACCCAGCACCUGACUGAAGAAUCCUCUGACCUUAACCCCCCUCCUUCUGCAGUGAUGCUGCCUCUGCCCUUGUCCAGCUCUCCCCCUGCCUCCUGGCUGCACCCCUGCUGCCAGCCCUGGGCCAUCCCUCUGACUGGCUGCCUGUAUUCUGCAGGGAUUUGAGAAGCCUCUGCCUUUGAUUUCCUUUUCUCACCCAUCCAAACUAUUGUUGGGCAACGUCGACCACAAAUAGUUUAUUUGGACAGAGAACUUGGAUCACCCUCUCAGUUUCAGAUAUUUUCCCUCAGCCCAAGCUCACGCCCAGCAACUCGGUCACCAGAUGUUGGUCACCCUUCCCUGGCUCUGCUGCUCUGGCUCUGUCACUGUAUCCCCAUGUCCUGGUUCUCCCCAAAACACCACCAGGGCUGUGAAUUUGUUUUGCUUGUGGCUCCAUGUCCCAGCCUUUCCUGUGGCUACAGCCUCCAGAGCUUCUGUGCUGCUUCACAGCUUGGUUACUGCUGGAUUGCAUUUAUCAACCUGGGGGGGGGGGAUAUCAUCAUGUCUCACUCCUACUAUCCUGAAAGCAGUGGUACAGAUAUUGCUCUCCCGGCCUGCUGCUCCAGCCCUCCUGUUCCUCCACUGGCACAUCAAAUGGUUUUGCAGCAGCUUUAACCUGUUUGUCCUCCUGUCAGUGACAGGCACAGCCCUGCUCGUCACUGCUCCUCUGAGAGCAAGGGCUGGGCUGCUGUCCCCACCUGUGAUGCCAUCACUGCUCCUGUCACAUCCCCUGACACCAGUGUCCCUGGGCCUCCCAUCAGCCUUGGAAAGCUGCCCUUGUUCUUCUGAACCCUCCAUGCACUCUCCUGUGGCUGUAA